AUGGUCGAGGACGAUGUUGAACGCCAGGUUGAAAAACCUCGGCCGGCAGACCGGGGGAUACACGCGGUGUUCUAUGUUGCGAGUUGGAUUUUCUUUUCCAACUUGACAAUUCUCUUCAACAAAUGGAUUAUCGAUAGUCGGGGAUUCCGAUACCCCGUAAUUCUCACAUGCUGGCAUCUUAUCUUUGCGACCAUCGCGACCCAAGUCCUGGCGCGAACAACCACGCUGCUGGACGGGCGUAAGAAUGUCAAGAUGACGGGGCGCCUCUACCUGCGCGCCAUCGUGCCCAUUGGCCUGCUGUACAGCGCCAGCCUGGUCUGCAGCAACAUGGUCUACCUGUACCUCAGCGUGGCCUUCAUCCAAAUGCUCAAGGCCGCCGCCCCCGUGGCCGUGCUGCUGACCUCGUGGGCAUGGGGCGUCGAGGACCCUUCGCUCAAGCGCUUCAUCAACGUCCUGCUCAUCGUCGCCGGCGUCGCUCUCGCCAGCUUCGGCGAGAUCGACUUUAGCGUGGCCGGUUUCCUGUUCCAGGUCGGCGGCAUCGUGUUUGAGGCUGUCCGGCUUGUCAUGAUCCAGGUCUUGCUUUCGGGCGACACGCAGAAGAUGGACCCCCUCGUCAGCCUGUACUACUACGCCCCCAUCUGCGCCGUCAUGAACGUCAUUAUCGCCAUUGGCUCUGAGGCGAAUAAAUUCGACCCGGCCGACCUUGCUAAGGCUGGCUAUGGUCUGCUCCUGCUCAACGCCGCUAUUGCCUUUCUGCUUAACGUUAGCAGCGUUUUCCUGAUCGGCAAAACCUCCGGCCUCGUCAUGACCCUCACCGGCAUCCUCAAAAACAUCCUCCUCGUCAUCAUCUCCGUCAUGAUCUGGCACACCAAUAUCACCUGGCUCCAGUGCCUCGGCUACACCAUCGCCCUAGCCGGCCUGCUCUACUACUCCCUCGGCUGGGACCAAAUCGUGCUGCUUUCCCAGGCCGCCUGGGUCUUCGUUGCCAAGGCCGGCGGGGACUUCACCGGCAGCGGAGCGGAGCAGCAGCAAGGGGGGUUGCCGGCCGCUGUGCGGAGAACGCUGGUUAUGGGUGUUGCGGCGUUUUUGGUGCUGUUUUUGGUCGGCGCGUUCUUUUACGGGGGCGGCGUGGCGGGUGCUGUUGGGGAACAGCUUGGCGUCGCAUAG